AUGCCUUUGGUGAAGCGGAACAUCGAGCCCCGGCACUUGUGCCGGGGUGCUGUGCCUGAAGGGGUCAGCAGUGAGCUGGAAUGUGUGACCAACAGCGCCCUGGCUGCUAUCAUCCGCCAGCUGAGCAGUCUCAGCAAACAUGCUGAAGACAUAUUUGGGGAGUUGUUUAAUGAGGCCAACAGCUUCUACAUCAGAGCAAAUUCCCUUCAAGACCGAAUUGAUCGCCUUGCUGUCAAAGUUACCCAGCUGGACUCCACGGUGGAAGAGGUAUCACUUCAGGACAUCAACAUGAAGAAAGCCUUCAAAAGCUCUACCGUGCAAGACCAGCAGGUGGUGUCCAAGAGCAGCGUCCCCAAUCCCGUGGCUGACAUCUACAAUCAGAGUGAGAAACCACCCCCCCUGAACAUCCUGACACCCUACAGAGAUGACAAGAAGGAUGGGCUGAAAUUCUAUACUGACCCAUCCUAUUUCUUUGACCUCUGGAAAGAAAAAAUGCUCCAGGACACAGAAGACAAAAGGAAAGAGAAAAGGCGACAGAAGGAGCAAAAGCGUAUAGACGGCACGACCCGCGAGGUGAAAAAGGUUAGAAAAGCCAGAAACAGGCGUCAGGAGUGGAAUAUGAUGGCGUAUGACAAAGAGCUUAGACCUGACAACAGGUUGUCUCAGAGCGUGUUCCACGGCGCAUCUUCCGAGGGAUCCUUGUCCCCAGACACUAGAUCUCACACCUCAGAUGUUACGGAUUACUCUUACCCAGCCACGCCAAACCAUUCUCUGCUCCCGCAGUCCGUGACGCCCUCCUACUCGGCUGGCGAAGGGCCGCCACAUGGGGCAGCAGGCCAGGCUGCUGAGCAUGAGUUCAGACCGCCCUCCGCCUCGGCCAGGCACAUGACCCUCAACAGACCGCAGCAGCCGCCCCCACCGCCCCCGCCACAGGCCGCAGAUGGGUCUCAGGCCUCGGCCCCCGUGGCCCCAGCAGACUAUGGGAUGCUCCCGGCCCAGAUGAUGGAGUACUACAGCCCUUCAGGACCACCGCCGCCGCCACCGCCCCCCAUGAUCCCUUCCGCACAAACUGCUUUUGUCAGCCCCGUGCAGAUCACACUGCAGCCUUCCUUCCCCACCCCCACCGGGGGCCCCUAUGUGACCCCACCUCACCCUCCUCCCACGGGGCUCAUCGUCACUGCCCCACCCCCACCAGGCCCACCCCCACCCCCACCAGGCCCCCCGGGGGCCGGCUCCUCGCUCUCAUCCUCACCCAUGCAUGCCCCUCCAGGAGCCGAGGCGAAGCGCCCAGAAACCACCCAGCCCCCCAUCAGCGAUGCGCGAAGCGAUCUCCUUGCUGCUAUUCGGAUGGGAAUUCAGCUGAAGAAAGUGCAGGAACAGCGGGAACAGGAGGCCAGGAGAGAGCCGGUGGGAGACGAUGUGGCCACCAUUCUGUCCAGACGUAUAGCUGUGGAGUACAGCGACUCGGACGACGACUCAGAGUUCGACGACAACGACUGGUCAGAUUGA